GUUGAGGACGACGUAGCGCGACGACGAUCGCUUCGACGCCGCUCGCAACGCCCUAUUGAUUCCUGCGUCGUGAGCGUCGCGCACACCCCCGCGUGCACCACACGAUUUUCCAUCCACGCCGCCAGGAAAUCGAACGAGAGAAGCCAAAACGUUGCUCGACUCGAGCCGAGUCACGGUUUCCUCGAUUUAACCCCAGAAAAGAUCGAAGAUUUUUCUCUAUUUCGAAGAAUCUCCCGGGCUAAUUUCACCCAAUAUAUGAUCUUGUUAUUUACUUUAGAAAUUUUUUAGAAUUUUGUGUGUCACUUCCGUGUCAUCCCUAUUUGGGUGAUAUUUGAAUUUUUUUUUUUAAAUCCAUAUGAUUGGGAAUUUUUUGACUUAUCUAAUUAAAAAUACAAAUAUUAGAUAUUUGGAAUUAUGAGUGAUAGGGGAGGUUGGGCAGAAAAAAAAUACUACUGAGAGGGUGAAUUUUUUUAACUUACAAAACGUAUACAAGGAUAUUACCCUAGAGUUAAAUAUACAAUUUUUAUAUGAAAGAGUUUUAUAUAUUAAAAGAAUCAUUUUUAAGGGAGCAGUGUGAAAUUUAGAAAAAGAAAAUAAUUAAAUUAUAAUUAAGACUCUCUAUGGCCCACCGUCCGAGGGUUAAUAGUAUUUAGGGAAAAAGUUUUUUUUAACUAGUACAGAAAUGCUUCGGAGGGUGUUGGCAAAAUUGGAAACAUUCAUUUUUAAUGAAGAUGGUUUAUUCACGGAAGAGGGAUGUGGAGUGUUUCGAAAUUAAACUAAAUAUUUCCGUAUCACUUUCUAUUUAUUAUAAGCUUGAUAUUAGAGUAGCUUAUGAAGUAAUAUUCAAUAAUCAAAUUUUUGUUUAUUUUAGAUUUUUAUUUUAUCAAAUAUUUCAGCUUUUCAAAUCACAUAAGUAUUCGAUGGUUCAGAGUUGCAGAGCACUCUCCUAAAGUUUCAUGAUCUAUUUUCAAAUCACCCUGUAUAUUUUUAAAAGAAUAUUAAUUUCUUUCCCGAAUGAUGCUCGUGCCUCGUGUAUCGAAAAUAUAUUUUACGAUGCAAGCAGGAAACCAGUUAACGAUAAUAGGACGUUCAGUGUAAAAGGGUAGUCGAUACAGACGACUUGGGAGGAGUAAUUAAUGUCGAUUAAUCAAGUUAAGGAAGUUACCAGCUUGAAAGUUUGAAGAGGCACAGUUUAUAAUCUAUCGUACAAUAUCCUAUUUCUUCUUCAUAAUUUUAAAUUGGAUCAAUAAUUAUAAUAUAUUCAACUUUCAAUGUUAUAUUCGAAACAUUCGUUUGAGUGGUUUGUGUUGAAUUUAAGCCGAGAUUAAAUUGCAUUUAUACGUUAAAUUUCUUCGAUUAUUACUUGACAGUAGUCAGAAUUAAGUUUCAGGUUUCUUAUUUUAAAUUAACAGUGUUCACCUUUUUAGGAAAAUAGUAGGCCAUGUAUAGUUCCAUUCUUCUAUGUAUAGAUAUCAUUAUAAAUAUCCAAUUAAAUGGAACUUUUAAUUUCUUUUCUCGAAGAAUCUCAAUACAGAGCGGCCACUUCAAACGAUUUCAUCGAUUAGAGAAAAAUAGUUGAGAUGGCCAGUCGUUUGCAAACAGGGAGAUCCUCUUGGACCUCCCUCUCAGCACGAAUAAACGGCGCUGAUUCAGGAAAAGAAUCGAAGACGACGAAUGGAGAAAGAAACAUUUCUACGCACUGAAUAAAACAGGAAUGUAAUUAUUAUUUUUUUUAAUUACGGUUUUUUGUCACAUCAACUACAAGGUUAUUAGCGACAUCAAGGAGUAGGUAAAGCUUACAUUAUCUGUUCUAUCAGUUUGGUAUCUUUUAUAAAUUUAAGUUGUCCUUGAGUGAAGAUUCUAGUUUAUGUUCGUUGCGGAGGAAAUCAUAUUUAGUGGAGGAUUAAAUGAUCUAUGGAUAUUGCAGAGUCACACUCUUCACAUUGGGGAGCUGGAGUUUUGAUAAUCUGUAAGAGUGAGUAAUUCUAGAAUGGCCAAUUUUAAUUCUUGAGAUGGCCACUUAUUCUCUUCUGAGUAAUUGUUAGUUGAAAAUUGGUAUAAAAACAUUCCACUCAGAAAUGAACUAUAAUAUCUCAAAUGACUACAACCCUCGGAUGAUAGAGCUGAACAGUGCUAAUUAAAAUUUAAAUUCAAUCAGUAAUUUGUUUCAUCGUAUUAUCCUUCUAAUAUAUAGAAAUCUUUCAUUCGGAAAUUUGAGGGUGGAAUCAUUCACAAAAGCUUUCUUCACUCUAUGAACGAAUACUAAAUUCUAUAUCUUUCAUCUUGAUCUGAAAGUUAUUCAAAGUACAAUGGAACAUUCAAUUUUGAGCUUAAAGGGUCAAAGAAGAUAUCUCAUUUUGUGGGUUCUCUACAAAUGAAACUCUAGAUCUUGAAAUGCGGGUGGUUGCAGAUAUUAACAGACGUUAUCGCUUAUAAAAAUAUUUAUAAGGGCUGUUGUAUCUCUAGAAAUAAAUGUCAUUAAGAAAAAUUAAAUGGUGUCAAAGAGAGCAUCAGCUGAUGCACCUGUUGGUUCCAAAAGUGGGGGCGUUUCAAAAAUUUCAAAGAUUUCAAGGUCACCGUCACUUUUUUAAAUAUUAUUAUAUACUUUGUUAUAUAACAAAGAGGGUUAAAAACAUCUCAAAAGACUCAUCGUCAAAAACGAUUUAAUGGCUGACAAACAUGACGAUAAACGAAAGAUCCAUUUCGCAGAUCGAACGAUACUUUCAAUUCUCUUAAUGCCACAAGGAAUGCUCGGUAUAAUUUAGCGAGGGUAAAGCUGGAUGGUAGCUGAUAGCGGUAAGUGAUGGACAUUGGUAAUGUGCUGCAUCUGCUUUGCCAAGAAUCGAGAAGUAGCUUCUCCUCGAGCUUUUAUUAAACACCACCCUUUGUUCCGAGGAAAGAAAUACAAAGGGAGAACGAUUGUCUCGUUGAAAAAAAAAAAUUCAAUUCUCUAAAGAAGACUGCACUUUUCGGAAACACUUCCUCGUCCAAAGACGCGUUUGACAUUUACCGAGACACUGUUUGAUUUCCUUUGAUUUUACAAGCGUGAAAAGAAAAAUAUUAGAAGUUGGAAAGAAUGUAAAUUUUCAAUAAUGUUCUUAAUUAAAAAUAUCAAAACAUCAAUAUCAUUGUACCUUGGUCAGCUUAAUUAAUAUUUGAAAAUUUAUAUCAUUAUCAAGUUUUUAAAUGGCCUCAGGGAACCAUUUAUGGAAGUAAAUUUGAAAAUACAAAAUUCGCUAAAAUGAAAGUGUUAGAAAAAAAAAAAAGGAAACAACUAAGACAACGCAGGAAUGCGUGUCUUUUUCCUGGUCAACCAAUUUCACUUGGCCCAGAAACCUACAGGGAGAACGUCCCUGAUCCAUGUGCGAAUCGAAGGAAGGAACUGGUGACUAGGAAAAAAAAAAAAAGCCUCUUUCAUGGGAUCUUGCAAUCUCUUCUCUCGUACAUCGUCUUCGACUCUUGCACCUCCCACGUUUUGUAGGUUCCAGUGACGUCACGAAGAAUAUACAUUCAGCAAGCGGCGCACAGUUACAGUUAAAUGGGGUGAGCCAACACUCCUCUUCAACCCCAUGAAAAGUCUUAUCCGACCAAUGGGGAAACCUCGUACUACUGUGCGUCGACCAAUCGCGAACAGAUUGUCAUUGAGAAGAAUCCGUACGCGGAGGGGACCGAGGUCUUAAGAAGAGCCGGACAGCACCGGUACCGGGACACUGUUGCUCGUGAUCCUUGAAGUAUUUCCAGCCGUUAUCCUGAAAAAAUUAUUGCAGGAAUUAUAAAAUUAAUAUAGUGUCAAAUCGAAAAUAAUUAUCGAGAUCAUCAUGAGUGGAUCGGGGAAAGGUCUCCUCGGGGUGUGGCUGUACAAAAGGGGUGAACAUUGGGCCAUCAAGGAAGGAAGUCCCAUUCACAAAUCAAGCGACAUCCCCAUGGUCGAACGGCAACCGAACAAAGAUAGCAAAAAUUCCGUGGUUUUUUCAUUAAAAAAUCAAGUCGGUGGUUUGGCAAGGGCACUGCAAGUGUUUCAGGAUCUGGGCGUAAACGUGGUUCAUAUCGAAUCGCGAAGAUCAAUGCGUCGCGGUUCCGAAUUCGAGAUUCUCGUUGAUGUAGAAUGCGAUUCCAAAAGGAUGGAACAAUUGACGAGAAUGUUGAGUCGCGAAGUCGCUGCUAUUAAUUUGGCACAGUACGAACAAACGGGAAAUAUUCCUCAUGGUCCAAUGCUUUCCGCCGCUGCAAGCUUCGAUUUCAGUGAAGUAGAUAUGCCAUGGUUCCCACGAAAAAUAUCGGAUCUCGAUCAAGCCCAAAAAGUGCUCAUGUAUGGAUCUGAAUUAGACGCAGAUCAUCCUGGCUUCAAAGAUCCCAUUUAUCGCAAACGCCGUGUACAAUUCGCCGAUAUUGCGAACAAUUAUAAAUAUGGUCAACCGAUUCCUCGUGUUCAGUAUACUUCAGAAGAAAUCAGAACAUGGGGAACUGUUUUCCGUGAAUUACAUCAACUCUAUCAGAAACACGCUUGCAAGGAAUAUUUAGAAAAUUGGCCAAAACUUGUGAAAUACUGCGGCUAUAGGGAGGAUAAUAUACCACAAUUGCAAGAUGUAAAUGCAUUCCUGAAACGGACAACUGGAUUUCAACUUCGACCCGUGGCUGGUUAUCUCUCACCGAGAGAUUUUUUAGCUGGUCUUGCUUUUCGUGUAUUCCAUUGUACGCAAUACAUUCGACACUCGUCGGAUCCAUUUUACACGCCUGAACCGGACUGCUGUCACGAAUUGUUAGGACACAUGCCGCUUCUAGCGAAUCCAAGUUUCGCUCAAUUCUCGCAAGAACUUGGACUCGCCUCCCUUGGAGCCUCGGACGAGGACAUCAAUAAAUUGGCAACUCUGUAUUUCUUCACCGUGGAAUUUGGAUUAUGCAAACAGGAUGGCGUGCUUCGUGUUUAUGGGGCAGGGCUAUUGUCCUCUGUCGCGGAAUUAAAACAUGCCGUUUCAGCCCCGGAGAAAACGUUUCGAUUCGAACCGGAUGUAACUUGCAAACAAGAAUGCAUUAUCACUGCGUUCCAAAACGCCUAUUACUAUACGGAUUGUUUCGAGGAAGCGAAGGAGAAAAUGCGAUCGUUUGCUAAUCAAAUACAACGUCCAUUCGGGUUACGUUACAAUCCUUACACACAGUCGGUAGAAGUUCUUACAGACGCUCAGAAGAUUACAGCAGUGGUCAGUGAACUCAGGGGUGAUCUUUGUAUCGUUUCGAAUGCCCUGAGAAAGAUACACGAGCAGGAUGAUACGGUGGACGUUGAAAGGAUAACGAGUCUUUUAACACAAGGUAUCGAGUUACCUCAAGAUACUUCAUCCUCUGAUAGCGAUAUCGACAAAAGUCCUAAUGUCGAAGAUCCUCAGAACCCGGUAGAAGGACAGAAUAAAGAAUAUUCUUCUGAUGGUAACAUGAUCAGUGCGCUAGAUUAAAUAAUGCUUUCUCUAUUAUAGGCGAUUAGA